AAUGUUUCGAUGUUGUGUUUGGGGCUUCAAUUUCGCUUCUCCUCCCUCUUUUCUCACCUAUCAUUCAAACUGAUAUUUUUGUAAUAAAUUAAAUUAAAUUUUUAAUUAAAAAAAAUCCUUUAGCCUCCUUUCAUUUUCCCUCAAAAUCCAUUUCCAUUCGCUAUUCGUUAUUCGCUAUUUCGUCCAUGCCUAAGACCAAGGGGGUUCUUUGUAAGUUCUUUGCUCAUGGAGCAUGCUUCAAAGGGGAGAAUUGUGAGUUUUCUCAUGAUUGGAAGGAUCCACCAAAUAAUAUUUGCACAUACUAUCAGAAAGGAAUCUGUUCUUAUGGUAGUCAAUGCAGAUAUGAACAUGUGAAGGCAUCUCAAACGGAUUUAUCUGCUUCUUCUUCAUCGACAAAGCCUCGUCAAUUUGGGGUCUCGGGUUCUGCUCCUUUAGGUCCUUCAACGAGUACAUAUUGUGGUUCCGUUGUACUUCCAGCUACUUCUGGCGAGUUUCCUGGUUCUAAUGGAGGCUUCCUCCCUCCCUCAACGAAUCAAGCAUGGCAUUUGGAAUCCGGGCAACAAGAUCUUUUGGAUGAUGGUGAUGUUUUGCAGCCUAGGAGUGCUAAUCUAGUCGAACUUCCUAUUUGCUCAUUUGCUGCAGCUGGUAAUUGCCCCCGUGGAGAUAAUUGUCCCCAUAUUCAUGGAGACUUGUGUCCCACCUGUGGAAAACAUUGUUUACAUCCUUUCAGAGCUGAGGAAAGGGAGGAGCAUGUAAAAAUGUGCGAGAAAAAGCAAAAGCACCUUGAGGCAUUGAAAUAUAGUCAAGAAAUAGAAUGCAGUGUGUGCCUGGAUCGUGUUCUCUCGAAGCCCACAGCAGCUGAACGGAAGUUUGGGUUGCUCUCGGAAUGUGAUCAUCCGUUUUGCAUAUCCUGCAUUAGAAAUUGGCGCAGCAGUUCCCCGUCCUCUGGAAUGGAUGUCAAUACUGCAUUAAGGGCUUGCCCAAUCUGUCGCAAGCUAUCGUACUUUGUCAUUCCAAGUGUCAUUUGGUAUUCAACUCCAGAAGAAAAGCAGGAAAUCAUCGAUAGCUACAAGGCAAAACUGAGGUCAAUAGAUUGCAAGCACUUCAACUUCGGAAAUGGGAACUGCCCUUUUGGUACUAGUUGUUUCUACAAGCAUGCGUAUCGAGAUGGUCGAUUGGAGGAAGUUGCUCUACGCCAUCUUGGAGCUGAAGAUGGGCACACCGUUAUAGCUAAAAAUAUUAGGUUGUUGGACUUCCUCAGUGACUUGCACAUUAGGUGAAUGUUCACAACAUCUACUACAAUGAUUAUAUAAAUAAUGCAAAGGACCUAUAUGCAGCUUUGAUGAAAAACUUUCUUGGGUUUCUGGUGUUGCACUCUCUUUGAAAAAGGAUUUUGCUGAUUGGAGAAACCAAAGGUUGGAAUCAUGGAGGCAUGAGGGGGUUUUAUGCAAUAAACUGCAUCUAAAAUAUUAAAUGAAGUAGUAAAAAAAAAAACAAAGAUACUAUUUUGGGGGUGAAAAUGCUGAUUGAUGGAUAGAAAUGUUUUGUUGAAGGGUUUGGAAUUUUAGUAGCCAAUGGUGAUUAAUUUGAAUAAUCAAAUCAAUGUGUGGGUGGCAGUGUUUUUUUAUUGUUCAUGCUUCCCUCAAAUCAGUGGGACACUCGGAACUGUAUUCUCUCUCUCUCUCUCUAUAUAUAUAUCAUUGAUAUACAUGUAGGAAUUAUAUACAUAUGUAGGGGUUAUGCUGUGUUGUGAUAUGAUUCUCAGGUGGGUAGUGAUGAUGGUAGACUUAGAGAAUGCAUAAUAUUGAAAAGCGUAGCUGAGAGUUGAAUAAUCUGUGUGUGCUUGAUGUUGUACAUGUAAUACUGUUUACAUAUUUGACUUUAUUAUGGAAUAUGAAUACAAUCAAAUAUACAACGUUAGCUAA